AAGAUCCGAGUGAAGGUCGCCAUUGAGAAUCGUCCAUGCGUAAUGGAAGUAGACUCGGGUUCAUCCCUAUCAAUGGUCUCGUGGAGGACUUUCAAACAGCUGAUCCCUGACAUCCGUCGUCGAGACCUCAGCACCCAGAAAGUCAUAUUAAGGGACUACCAGGGAAACCGAACUCCCGUUGCCGGGUCCUGCCACAUCCAGGUCUCCUUUAAAGACCACACCGCAACUCUGCCUCUUACCAUCGUCGAUCGAAACCGGCCCAGUUUGUUGGGCUUACCGUGGUUCGCUCCAUUGGGGAUUGAACUAGCCGGCAUUCACCAGACCAGGAGCAGUGACUGGGAAGCCGCCCUCGUCCAGGAGUUCCAGGACGUAUUCACAGAGAAGCUAGGCAAGUACAAGGGGUCCCCCAUAUCAUUUAGCCUCAGCUCCGAUGUUGCGCCCAUACGCCUUAAGCCUCGUCGAGUGCCUUUCGCACUCAAGCCAAAGAUUGACGAACAAUUGGACAAAUUGAUAGCCCAAGGGGUGUUAGAACCGAUCGAUCACGCCCGUUGGGAAACCCCGAUUGUAACGCCCAUAAAACCGGAUGGAUCGAUAAGAAUUUGUGAGGAUUACCGAGCCACCCUAAACCACGCGCUUCAGCAAAGCGCUUAUCCUGUACCGGUGGUUCAACAUCUUCUUCACUCCCUGGGCGGCGGAAAGAUCGUUGCAAAGUUGGACCUAGCCCAGGCAUACCAGCAACUACCCGUAGAUGCAGAGAUUGCUGAGGCCCAGACUAUCGUCACGCACAGAGGUGCGUUUAAAUGUAAUAGGCUCCAGUUCGGUGUGAGUGUAGCACCAGGCAUCUUUCAAAGCCUGAUGGAGCGAUUGCUGCAAGGCAUAAAAGGGGUCGUGCCUUAUUUCGAUGAUGUCUUGAUAGCUGCCCCCACUAGAGACGUGUUGGAGACCCGACUCAGAGCGGUUCUCCAAAAAUUCAAAAACGCCGGGUUAAAGGUAAAGAAAGACAAGUGUCAACUUUGUACUGAGAGGGUUGAAUUCCUGGGGUACCUCCUUGAUAAAAAGGGAAUUCAUCCUACCGAAAAAAAAGUAACAGCCAUAAAAAAUGCCCCCAGACCUAGGAAUAAAACGGACCUCCAAGCCUUCCUGGGACUCAUUAACUUUUAUAAUAUCUUCUUGCCCCAGAAGGCGACUGUAGCUGAGCCCCUACAUCCGUUCCAGCAAGUAAAAGAUCUCUUGACCUCCGACGCUGUAUUAAUGCAAUAUAACGAGACUUUGCCUUUAACUGUCACGUGUGACGCCUCGCCGUUCGGGGUGGGAGCCAUUUUAAGCCAUGUUCUACCAAACGGCAAUGAGGCACCUAUUGCUUUCUUUUCCCGAACAUUAUCAAAGACUGAAAGGAACUAUAGCCAACUUGAUAAAGAGGCUCUUGCUAUUGUAGCCGCUAUUAAACGUUUUCAUGAAUAUGUCUAUGGACGGCCGUUUACUAUAAUAACCGACCACAAGCCAUUGCUUGGCAUAUUAGCAGGGGACAAGCCUACUCCCCACAUCUUAUCACCAAGGAUGACCCAUUGGUCAGAGUUUCUAGCUGCAUAUGGUUAUCAACUGCUACACCGCCCGGGGAAAGCCAUUCCCCACGCUACGGAGCUGUUCUCACAGAAGGGCUGCGUUUUGUGGGGAGACAGAGUCAUCAUUCCUGAAAAAUUACAACACAGCAUCCUAAAACUAUUGCAUGACGGUCAUCCAGGCAUCAUGCGGAUGAAGGCGUUAGCGAGAAGUUACACGUGGUGGCCAGGUAUCGAUAAACAAAUAGAAGCCUGGGUGGCCACAUGCAACAAGUGCCAGGAAAUCCGCGCUGCCCCACCGAAGGCACCUCCAACUGAAUGGGAUGCACCUCGUGGCCCCUGGUCCCGCAUCCACAUUGAUUUUGCGGGACCCACCAAGGAACACACUUUUCUAAUAACAGUGGAUGCCUAUUCAAACUGGCUCGAAGUCCACAAAAUGAAAAGCACCACAACAGAAGCCGUCGUUAAAAUGUUAAAUAGACUAUUCGCUACGCACGGACUACCGGACGUUUUAGUCUCGGAUAAUGGCCCCCAGUUCACUGCCCUUGCAUUCGAGCAAUACCUAGCGGACCGGGGCAUCCGCCAUGCCUUAACUUCGCCGGCUCGCCCUGCGGCCAAUGGCAGGGCCGAG